AUGGAUUGCAAAGUUCCAGUACGUAGGUAUGUUCUUGUAACGCGGCCCUCAAAAUGGGCUCAGCCAGGUUAUCGAGUCGUCGUUCAGUCUCCGGUGCUGAAUAUUGCAAACGAGUCACUCAUACCUGUGAGACGAUUCAAAGGCAAAGAUGAGAAUUCGGUUUGUUUCAUGCCUGUACAAGAUAUCGAAAAGGAUGGGAGUAUUGCCUACAAAACUGCAGGGAUCGAUACGGAGGCCAGGCAGAUGGAUGCUCAUGGCAUGGCAUUGAUUCACAGCGACUCUGAAUUUGACUACCAACCUGGUGACCGAUUUUGGCUGUUCAUUACUGCCAAGGGAGAUGGUUACGAAAAUGACGUUCCUGUCAUUAAUCUACGAACUAUGGAAACAGGAUCGGUACCGAUUUCUCAUGUAUGUUGGUUUCCAAAAAUGCGCGGACCCGACAAUGAAGUUUGGACAUUUGGGGGCAACAUCAGAAAGCUCAAACUUCAUGGCAGGAAUAAUUUUACCCUAUGGAUUUGGGGCAUAUGUCAAUAUUUGGAUGGACAGCCCGCAACGACUAAAUAUAUUCAAAUACCCGAAAGAAAUGUCAACACUGAUGAACAACAGUGGUUGAAAUCUUCCAGCGCUCGGUCUCUAUUUUCUCGCAUCUAUAAGAGCAUGACGAAAGAUUGUCAGCAGAAAAACUCCCCAAUUUUGUCUCCACUUGGAGCUACGAAUUACAGUACGUUACCAAGAGGCUUGCACACACCACCCAUUUCGCCAUGUAUGAGCGACCCCUGGCCAUUGAAUGAAGAUGGCAGUUUCACACCGAGGCUGGUAUCUCGGGAUUUGGAUGCUGCCUGGAAAAAUAUCAUGAAUCUCGCGUCGAAAGGAACACUGAGGCCUAUCCAGAGCAGUCUCAUACACCCACAGAGAAUCUUAUCCUCACCUGAUCGUAGGAAAUUUCGUCGAACAGACCUUGGUGAUACUCGGAGUGAAUUGGGAUAUUCUGACAGCACUGCUAGAUCAUCCACCAGGUCUCCUUCUUUGGCCAUGGAGAGUAGCAAAUUCUGUGCUCCCAGUGAUGAUCUCAUGGAGUUAUUAGCGGAUCGGGAUGGAGGAGGCAUACGUUGCGCUUUACGCCUGCUGGAUUGGACUCGAAAGCAGGUCGAGGAGAGUCGGGCGAAAGACGCAGAACAUUCGAGACUGUCGGCCGCACAUCCACUUCUCAGGAGCAACCCUACAAUACUUUUGGAGAGAUACCAGAAAAAGAGAAACCUGUCAGCAAUCACAGAAUUGUGCGAUCGUGGAAAGGACAAUUGCGAGUGGUCACUCCAUUUUACUUCGAAGCAUUAUCAUCCCGACUACAAGAAAUGCAUCAUGUCGAAGAAUCUUCGGGAGCACGAGCAUUGUAUCUCAUCAUUACGGCCACUUCCCAGCAGUGCAGGUCCCUGUCUUCUUACUGCAGGCGCACAGGAGCACCAAUGUUGCAUCUGGGAAGAUGAAAACGCAAAAAACUUGCCUGUUACCAUGAAAGAAUUCGAUGAUGUGAAGAUUGUGGAAGCUAAAAAUAACUGCAUGCUUAGCGAUGAAAAGGGCAUCGAAAUCCCAGACCAAUUUAAGGACGAGAGCAAGAAGAUCAAGGAAGAGGAAUGGGCUCCUCCAUAUGUAUAUGAAGAAUUGUUUGACGGGGAAGGAAAAUGGUUGAGAGAUGAGCUUGCUGGAGGAAACUUUCGUGAUGAAGUUCUUGAAUUAAGGAAGAUGCACGAUGGUGAUUAG